GCCUGGCAGCCCCGUCCCGUCCCCGUCCCGUCCCCGUCCCGCGCCUGCGGCUGGAGAGGACCUUCCGUCGGCGGUGCCUGGGCCUGGGCGCGGCUCUGCAGGCGUCGCUGCCCGCGCUGUCGCAGCCUCCCGGCCCCGGCGAGCGAGGAGCGGGGCGCGGCCAUGGGCACCCGCGGGCCCUCCGCGCUGGUGGACACCACGCCCGCCAAGACCAUCGUGGUGUACCGCAACGGGGACCCGUUCUACGUGGGCAAGAAGUUCGUGCUGUCGCGGCGCGGCGCGGCCACCUUCGAGGCGCUGCUGGAGCAGCUCACGGAGCAGGUGGACGUCCCGUUCGGCGUGCGCCGCCUCUUCACGCCCACGCGUGGGCACCGGGUGCUGGGGCUGGACGCGCUGCAGGCGGGCGGCAAGUACGUGGCGGCGGGCCGCGAGCGCUUCAAGGAGCUCGAUUAUAUUCAUAUAGUUCCCCGAAAACCUGCAAAGAUAAGGAAGUUGAAGGAAAUCAAACCGGUGGUGCAUUGUGAUAUAAAUGUGCCUUCCAAGUGGCAAACAUAUCAUCGUAUAUCUCGACAUAUAAAUGUUUUUACAAAUGGAAGAUUGUUUAUUCCACCUGCAAAAAUCAUUAUACCCAAAUUUAGUCUGUCCGAUUGGGACAUCGUGCUGGCCACGAUUGGAGAAAAAGUCUUCCCUCUGGGAGGCGUUCGGAAAUUAUUUACAAUGAAUGGGCAUCUUUUGGGCGACUCAAAGGAUUUGCAAGACAAUCACUUUUAUGUUGCUGCGGGACUGGAGACCUUCAAAUAUUUUCCUUACUGGAAGUCUCCAAGGGUGCCCAGUGAGGUCCAACAAAAAUAUGCGAAUGUUGAAAAAAAGUCACAGAGAAAGAAAAAAGUGGAUUCCAAAGGAAAAGAACCUUGUCACUAUGAUGGCAUACCCCCCAAAACACAGGAUUCUGUUUAUUAUGCCAAAGAAGAAAAGAAGAAAGCAUUGGCAGAACCUUUAGUCCAAAGGGGAGCAGAAGGUGACGUGUAUAAAGCACCAACUCCUAGCAAGGAAACCCAAGGGGCGCUGGACGUCAAAGAGGACCGCAAUGUGCAGCUGGAGGUGCCUGUGGACCAGAGACAAUCUGAGAUAGUUAAAGAAGAUGAAGAGAUACAUGAGAACACCCCUGAUUUUGAGGGCAACAAGGAUGAAGAAGAUGCUUUGUGAAGAUGUUGAAAGAGAGAUGGCCCCGGAGUGGAAACCUGUAGAUUCAUAAAACCACCUUUGUGAUCUAUCUGAAGUCCACUUUUCUUCAACCAUGGGCUUCCAUGUCAUAUAUGGACAUUUUAACAGCAAGAAAAUCACAUGUGGGGUGAAACUAAAGCCACACACAGUGGUGUCUUCUCGAAAGCCAAAGAUGAGGUUUCCCGGUUGAGCUCCAUAUUCUUCUUCUUCCCUUUCUCGGUGAUAUUUCUUUUUAGUAAACAUUUUAAAGAAUGAAACAUGGUUCUUUAUCAUGAAGCCCCCAAAAGAUCAUUCAGAAAAUGAGAAGAAGUUGAGAAAACCUGUGUAUAUUUUCCCUUCAUGGUAUUUUUUUCCUAGAAUGUGUAUGGGAACGUAUCUCAUUUGUAUGUAACUUGGAGGUUGUCACAGAAACACGUACUGAUAACUUUUGCUAUAUGUAAAGUUUAAAGUAUAAAAGUGUUUUCCCUUCUGAAUAACUAGUUCAAAGUGAAAAGGAAAAACACCCAGGGCUCGCUGGUGACACGGUUAGGCUGUAUGUCCUCACUCAAAUCUCACGUUGAAUUGUAAUCCCAUGUGUUGGAGGAGGGGCCGGUGGGAGGUGAUUGGAUCAAGGGGGUGGACUUCCCCCUUGCUGUUCUCGUGAUAGUGAGUGAGCGCUCCCGAGACCCAGCUGUCUGAAAGUGUGUAGCGCUUCCCCCUUCACUCUCUCUCCUGCUCCACCAUGUGAAGAAGGUUCUUGCUUCCCCUUCGCCCUUCUGCUAUGAUUGUAAGUUUCUUGAGGCCUCCCCAGCCAUGCCUCCUGUAUAGCCUGCAGAACUGUGAGCCAAUUAAACCUCUUUUCUUAAUAAAUUA